AAAUUGUCUACUGGGGUUUAAGAGUAGGCCGCGAAUUUUUUUUUGUGAUACAAGAUAUUCCUUACGCUUGAGUCGGAAGUGUGUGGGAACCUCCGCCUCCUGCUAAAACCGCCCUCGAGCCAUUUGCACUCUGGGUCUUUACGUCUUAACACCCCAUCGGUAGAAAGAGCCUGCAGAUUGUCUAUACUCCGGCAAAGAUGGCGCCUCCUGAAAGAGCCGGAAAGAGUGUCUUUUUGGGAAACAUCCCAUACAAUCUCACGGAGGAGCAAGUUAAAGACAUUCUUAGCUCCGCGGGCACAGUAACCAAAUUUCGUUUGAUGAUGAACCCCGAGACCGGAAAACCUAAAGGAUAUGGGUUUGCAGACUUCGCCGAUGCCGAUGCAGCCGCCUCCGCAGUUCGCAACUUGAAUGACUAUGAGGUCAUGGGACGGAAGAUUCGCGUGGAUUGGCCUCACAACAACGAGAAGGAUUCGAUACCCCCAGAUUAUUCACAGACGUCUCAGGUACCGGGACAGGAUGGACAGAUGGGUGCACAGCAGUCAUCUGCUCCUCUGCCGCCUCUUCCCCCGGGCGUGGACCUUCCUCCGCACCUAGACUGCCCGAACGCAAUCUCCCAAACACUCUCCUCUCUCCCUCCGAAUCAACUCCUCGAUGUACUCUCUCAGAUGAAGUCAUUGGUCAUGGCUGACCCGGCACGCGCUACGGAACUUUUGCGGCAAGCCCCUCAACUUGCGUACGCUAUAUUCCAGGCCCUGCUCCUGAUGAACCUUGUCGACUACGGCACGUUAGGAACAGUGGUGGAACAGGCCGCCCAGCCCCAAGCGGCAGCUGCCGCUCCCCCCGCAGCGCAGUCUUUUCAGCCAUUCUCAGCCGUACCCGGUCCGGUCUCCACACCACCUCAGCCUCAGCAGCAAAUGCCAGGGCAAGACGAACUCUUGCAGCAAGUACUCAGUAUGCCACAGUCGGCUAUCGACGCACUACCUCCGAUGGAACGGAAUCAAAUCAUGCUACUACGACAGCAGUUAAUGCAAGGUGCCAUGCGGUGAUGACAUAGCGAGAUCGAUCUAGAUCAACGGACUUGUAUGAUUUUGGUACUUUUGAAACUUCCAUACUUGAUUUACUCUUUCCUCUUUUGUCC